CUUUUCCCUCACCGCCCGAGAGCCGGGCGGAGAGAGCGCGUCAGUCGUCCGGGUCGCGCAGCCGUCAGCAUCUCGGGCACCGGCUCGUCCGCUGCCGGGAGCGGCGCAGCCUUUCUGGCAGUGGCAGAAACGACGGACAGCGCCAUCAGUGGGCCUUCACGGCGCCCUGGCCUCUCUGCACGCCCUCCGCUCACCCCCCUAGUCGGCCUAUCCUGCCGCCUGUGGAGGCGUGAGGCGACGGCGGGCGAGCGCCUCUAGCAGCGUUAGCCGCUGCGGCCUCCGGUCCUCCCUCCGCCUCCUCCUCUGCCCCCCCGCCUCCCUCCUCCCACUUCCCGAGCUCCGGCGUGUCCCAGCCACGCUAGGCGCUGCUUCAGGAACAAAGGAAGACCCCGCGGCGGCGGCGCCUCCUCGGCUUGCGGCUCCGACCCGCUCCCGGCCAGCAGCGGCGGCGGCUCCAGGGCGCCCGGCUCGCCCUUCCCGGAGGCCUCGGCCCGGCCCCACCGCGCCGGCGUCUCGCGCGAGCCCGGCUCCUGCAUUUGGGUCCCCGCAGACAGAAAAAUAUGGCUCAGGAGACUAACCAGACCCCAGGGCCCAUGCUGUGUAGUACAGGAUGUGGCUUUUAUGGGAAUCCUAGGACAAAUGGAAUGUGUUCUGUUUGCUACAAAGAACAUCUUCAGAGGCAGCAGAAUAGUGGCAGAAUGAGCCCAAUGGGGACAGCUAGUGGUUCCAACAGUCCUACCUCAGAUUCUGCAUCUGUACAGAGAGCAGACACUAGCUUAAACAACUGUGAAGGUGCUGCUGGCAGCACAUCUGAAAAAUCAAGAAAUGUGCCUGUGGCUGCCUUGCCUGUAACUCAGCAAAUGACAGAAAUGAGCAUUUCAAGAGAGGACAAAAUAACUACCCCGAAAACAGAGGUGUCAGAGCCAGUUGUCACUCAGCCCAGUCCAUCAGUUUCUCAGCCCAGUACUUCUCAGAAUGAAGAAAAAGCUCCUGAGUUGCCCAAACCAAAGAAGAAUAGGUGUUUCAUGUGUAGAAAGAAAGUUGGUCUUACAGGGUUUGAUUGCCGAUGUGGAAAUUUAUUUUGUGGACUUCACCGUUACUCUGACAAGCACAACUGUCCAUAUGAUUACAAAGCAGAAGCUGCAGCAAAAAUCAGAAAAGAGAAUCCAGUUGUUGUGGCUGAAAAAAUCCAGAGAAUAUAAAUUACUACUUGUGAAGAGACUGAAACUUUGUUUUUAUUUUAAUAUAUCGUAGGAAAACAUUAAAGAGCAGAUGCAUGGCCAUUUUCCUUUGAUGUUCUCCAGAGUUUUACUUUACACUUGUCUGUCUUAUAAUUGAGAUUUUAGGGUGUUUGGGUGUUUGUUACAGGCAGAAUUGGAUAGAUACAGCCCUACAAAAUGUAUAUGCCCUCCCCUGAAUAAAAUUGGAUGAAAAUCUGCACAGCGAAGUAAAAUACACAGAUAAUAGGGACAAAAUUUAGUUCCCAUGUGCCAAACAAGAUAAAUCUCUGCAUGUUUGCAGCAUACCUGCCUUUUGGGAAUGUAAUCGAGGUAUAAUCUUUGGCUAGUGUUACGUGCCUGUAUUUUUUUAAAAAAAUGGUACACCAGAAAAGGACUGGCAGUCUACUUCUACCAUAUAUAGUUAAACUUCACCCUCUUAAUUUACACAUGUUCUUUGGAAGCAGGAAGAAAGCUAUAAAGAGGAUCAGACCUACCUUCCAGUGAAACAAAUAUUUGGUGCCAUAUAUAAGCCUGGUUAAUUUGGUCUUCUAAAUGCUGUCAAAUAAGACAUUCUGUGAAAGGUAAACAUUGCAACUUGUUAUAAGUAAAACCAUCAAGCCAACAACAGGGUCUCGAGAUAAUCUUUGAAGCUUAUUGUGCUGGCCUGCACCAGAAGAUGUCUGCAUUACUCUCAUUGCUAAAAAUGCGUAGCACAGAACUGCACUAGAAUUUGUUUACAAGAAGAAAUUAAUACUACGUUUGGUUUUCACAUACAGCAGCUCUAUUGAAUAACAUGCAUCUGAAUUUUAAGUUGCAAAGGUAUCUGAACAGUUAAUUUUUCAUGUGCAUCUUUUGUUGAAUGUUUUGGUUCAAGAAAGAAUGUUUAAAGCUUUUUAAAGACUUCAGUUCUUAAUGUAACUGUACCCUUCUGCAUGGAAAAUCAUAACCAACAUGGCUGCAGUAGACUUCUUAGUGGUAUCCAGCACCACUUGCAGAGGGCUGCUUUAUCAUAUUAAUUGUACUUGGGUGUAGGACUCUAGUGUUCUUGGGUGUAUUGCAUGGGCUGCAUUAUCUACAGCAUUGUACAAUAACAACUAGAAAAGGCAGUAUACUUCACUGAUGCUUGUCUGGUAAUAUCACUUCUGUGUUAUAAUGGAAGGUUUUUUGUGAUGUAUGAAACUUGUGUUUUUUAUAUAUAAAUGAGUAUAGUUAGAUUAGUGUUGUGGUAAUGCCUGUUUUCAUCUGUAAAUAGUUAAGUAUGUACACGAGGCACUACUGAUUUACUGCAGUGUUCAGUCCUAGUUUUUACUUUGAUUCCUAAAGCAUUCAGUUUUGCUUUCAAUUUUAUGUACUUUAGUUCUGAGUUAGAUCUGCAGAUGUGUACAGAUAGUUCAUAUUUAUGUAUUGCACAUAAUCAUGCUAUUCAGCAUUGAUGCUAUAUUGUAUUAUGUAAAUAAUAAAAGCCAUGUACAGAGGGAAA